AUGAAGUCUGCUACACGACUGAUGCCAUCUCUAUCCCAGCCUUUGAGAUCCUCCUCUCGACCUAUAUCACGUACGAUCCUCUCCCGAUCCGUUUUAGCAGGACCUAGCAGAUUACCCAGGUUCUACACUACUACAUCUAAUGUCCCACCUACAACUGCUCAACCAUUGAACCCCGCUGAGAAUGUUGAGGCAGCAUCAGAAGGAGAGGAGCUGGAGGAGGAUUUACCUUCGAAUAUCAAUUUUGAGGAAUUAUCAGAAGAGGCUGAUGAGAGUAUUGAUAGAUUUUUGAGUCAUGGCAGUGAAUCAUCAUCGAUUAGAUCAAAUUCUCAAUUCGAUCCCAUCCUCUUACCCAUCUCUUCUUUAGCUUCUUCCACCCCGACCCUCCCAUCUGAAUCUGGCCUCGUCGUUUCACUCCCACCGGAUAUAUUCGCUCAACCUAUUAGGAGAGAUAUCUUACAUAGAUGUGUCGUAUGGUACCUUUCCUUGUUAAGAUCUGGAACGAAAAGUACCAAAUCGAGAUCGACGGUCAAUUACUCUGGAAGGAAAUUGAGACCUCAAAAGGGUACUGGUAGAGCGAGAGUGGGAGAUGCAAGUAGUGGUACCCGACGAGGAGGUGCUCCUAUCCAUCCAAUCUUCCCUAAAGAUUGGUCUCAGAAACUACCCCGUAAGAUCAGAUACCUAGGAUUGAAAAUCGCCUUAUCGUCCAAAUUGAACUCCGGUUUAUUGAGAGUAGUGGACAAUCUCAAUGAAGGAGAAUGGAAGGGGACAAACGAAGCUUCAAGAGCAUUAUCCAACGAAGUGGUGAAGACGGAAAACCCAGUCGAUCUUGAACCUAUCAUCUCUUCCUCUUCUUCUGAAGAAUCUGCUACCCCCCAAGAAACCCAAGAAGAGAUUCAAGUGAUCAAUAAAUUUGGACCAUCUAAAGAUCUAUCAAUCUUAUUCGUUUACUCACCUGAGAAAUUACAUGAUGAAGGAUUAUGGAAUUUCCAUAAAUCUAUUAGGAAUAUACCGGGAUUAGAAUUGAUCUCAACAGAUGAACUGCAAGUCUAUCACGUAUUGAAAUACAAGUGGUUGGUCAUGGAGGGUACAGCUAUCGAUGCGAUUUCGGGUGUACAGGAUCUACAAGAUGAGUUGGAGUUGGUACCGGAACAAUUGAAUGAGGGAGAACCAUCAAGAGUAAUUGUGUAA